AUUUUUCUCAUGUCGUCUAGAAUAAAUUAAUAGGGUUCCAACACUGCAACGUAACCUAUUAUCCGAACGACUCAAUAUACCAAAAUGCCGAUUACAUCCUCUUUCCGAUCGACGCAUCCAUUGAACGUCUUCCCAUUUGCAAAUCGAAGUACCCAUCGAUUCUCGAUCUUUCCAAUCACACUUACCGGUUCAUCUCCAAUAAAAGGCCUAACAUAUCUCCCCAAAAAACGUAAAAGCCUGAUUUUGCGACCAACAAAAAAUUCGCCAUUUGUUGACCGCAAAUGUUUUGAAUGCGGAAUCAAAGAAGAACGACAAAACUAUUCCUACUGUCGUGAUCAUCUUCUCCACUGCUACCAUAACAAAGCUUCUACACCAGGACCCGAAAACUAUGCAGGCUAAAGCAUCUGGGAGAAACAUAAAAUAAACUUUCAGAUCUUUGGGCUAAGUGGAAGAAAUAACAAUGUACUUUCAUUUUUUUAUGUAUUAUAUCAUUAACUUUUUUUUCCUUUAUAACAUCAUAUUACAAUAUUAAUACUUUUGGAACAUGUUCUAUCACACAAUGGAAGGAAAUACCCAAAUUACCUUGU